AUGGCCCUGGCCACCACCCUGGCUGAGCUGCAGGCAGAAGCCCAGUGCCCACUGUGCCAGGGGCCCCUGCGCAACCCCCUGACCCUGGACUGCGGUCACAAUUGCUGCAGUUCGUGCUUGCGGCGGCGCUGGCAGCACCUGUGGGAGCCCCUGCCCUGCCCCGUGUGCCAGCACCCCUGUCCCCGUGCUCCCCGCGGGCCCAACAGGCAGCUGGCGCUGCUGGCCGACCUGGUCAGCCAGCUGCCCGACCCGAGGCCCAAGAGACAUGCGCGGGAGACCCCAGGCCGCUGUGCUGUGCACCAGCAGGCCCUGAGCCUCUUCUGCAACGACCACCUGGAGCUGCUGUGUGGCCAGUGCGCCACCUCCGCUGCCCACCGCGGCCACCGCCUCAUGCCCAUCGGCCUCGCGGCUGCUCAUCACAGGACCAAGCUCAAGGGCUACCUGGAGCCUCUGCGCAAGCAGCUGGAGGAGGCAGACAGGCAGUUAGAAGGGCAAGAUGCAGAGUUAGAGGAAAUCAAAGACCAGCUGAAGACGCAUAAGGAGAAUGUGCAUCGCGAAGCCCGCCAGUUGAAGCAUUUCCUGAAAAGGAAGGAGCGGGCCAUUGAGAAUAAGAUGUUUCGGGAUCUGGCCCGUGUUUACCGAGACUUGGUGAAGAACAAGGCCCAACUGUCCCAGUACGCCCAGACCCUGAAGAAACGGCUGAUGGACGCCAAGCUGCUCUCUCUGAAGGCCGAUGCGGACCUCCAGGCAGAAGGCAGCGACCUGCACCCGGACUGGCGUGAGUGUUUGAGCCGGGAGCUCCCCACGGUCCCUGCCAUCAAGUACGAAAGGGAGGGUCUCUAUCUCCCCCCACAUUACAUCGGCUUGGACAACAUGAUGGUCAAGUUUCAGGAGAAUUUGACAUUGGAUCCUGAGACUGCUCACGGGGAUCUCCUCAUCUCCCAGAAGAGGACUGCCAGCUACUGCCAGAAGGGCAGGAAGCCCACCCAGACCCCUCCCCGCGGGGCAUUCACCUCUCACGUGGCUGUCCUUGGGAUGCCAGGUUUUGUGGGCGGAAGGCACUUCUGGCAGGUGGAAAUCCGAGGUCCAGUGUCCUCUGUGGCCGAGCGACAGGACCGAGAAUGCCAGCGAAUUGGUGUUUUUCUGGACUACGACUUGGGAGAAAUUUCUUUUUACAACUGGAGCAAGAGAACCCACUUAGGUACAAUCGCAGGGAGGGGCAGAGGUAUAGAGAAGAAGGAGGUGAGGGACUUAGAGUGCCUGGACUUGACUCCACUGUGA